UGGCAACACCCGUAAAUAUUCGGCAUCUGAUUGGCGCGGCAGCGAGCGAGAUGAACGGUGACAGUGCGUUUGAGCGGCUGGCAGCGCUGCUGCAGGAGCAUCCUGACAUCGAUGAGGCCGGCAUUGUGCCUAUGGUGGAAGGCGACGUGCAGCAGUCGUGCGUUGUGGAAGGGUGCAAGCUCGCGCUGCUGGCCAGCGAACUGAAGGACCUCUACCUGUCCUCAAAACGCAGGUUGUAUGGCAACAGGCGCAUGAAACGUGACCACGCUGCUGAUGCUGCUGUCGAUGCUGCUGUCGAUGCUGCUGUCGAUGCUGCUGUCGAUGCUGCUGUCGAUGCUGCUGUCGAUGCUGCUGUCGAUGCUGCUGUCGAUGCUGCUGUCGAUGCUGCUGUCGAUGCUGCUGUCGAUGCUGCUGUCGAUGCUGCUGUCGAAGAUGAUACGGGCGACAGCAGGAGCAGUGCGGAUAACAGUGGUGCCAGCCGAGACAGCGCAAGCCGCAUCUUGCUGCUGGUGAAUGGGAACCACUACGACGUGUGGAACAUGCGCAAGCAAUUGGUCCUGGACGGCGUUGUUUCUUGGCAAGCCGACCUGGCAUUUCUUGACGUUGUCCUCACCCUCCACCCAAAGACUGCUGUGGGAUGGGCUCACAGGCAGUGGCUGCUUCAGAGGCACGUACGGCGAGACAAACGUCUUUCAGUGGCGGAGUUGGAGCACGAGGCGCGUGUGUGCGCGCGUGCGAGUGAACAGCACCCCAAGAACUACUACGCCUGGUCACACCGCCUCUUUGUCCUGCAAACGGCUUACGUCCUGGGCAACCACGCACACGUUGACGCAGAGCUUGAGCGUGCAGCCGCGUGGGUCAAGUCCCACGUCUCAGACUACAGCAGCAUGCACUUUCUCCAGGCCGCUCUGCUCUGCACCGUCGCACGCCGCAUCGGCCUCUCCUCAAGCCGCCCGUCCUCGUCGCCAUCAGUACCAGAUACCAUCAACACAGCAGCGACGCCCACACCGCCCGCAACGUGGCAAGCGCUCGUCACGCAAGCACAGGCGCAGCAACAAGACGAGUCCAGCGCCCUCGCCGACCCCAACCUCCACUCUGCAUGCGAGCUGCUCUUGAAGCACGUGAGGGCAGCAGAGAAGCUGCGGGAUACGUAUCCACAGCAGCAGGCGCUCCAGCAACACGUGGUUGCGCUCGCGCGUGCUGCUGCUGCCAUCGAAUCCUUGCGGCCACGGUGAUCUUGCCUUCAUCGCCCCACUCACUUGUGCAUGGGCACCCGUGUUCUCACCGAGCAUUCGCUUGAUGUUUCUGUAACCAUGAGAUGAUGCAGGACGUGCUCGCUCGUGUGUGCAAGGUGCCCGUUCUGCUGGCAGAUAUUGGCUUGUUUAUUUGAUGGGUGUGUUCGAAUGCACGCCAUGAGAGCGUUUGCAUAACAAGUACAUGGCUGCAGAUAGAC